AUGCAAGCAAAACGUUUUGUGGACACCUUCAAAAGAGGACUUGCCAGGCUGAAGGGGGAGGAACCAACAGUGGACGCACUACAGACGUUUCUGAUGGCAUAUCGUUCCACUUCUUGCCCGUCUACACCGGAUCAGCGUUCUCCUGCCGAAGCCUUCCUGGGACGCCGACUACGAACGGAACUCGAUCUAAUGUUACCGUCUAGAGAUCUCACAAACGGUACAGAAGAUGUCAAAAUGGGAUUUCAAUUCAAUUGUCGAAAUGGAGCACGACGCCGCAACUUUGAGAUCAACGACACGAUUUUCGCCAAGGAUUAUCGAGGACAGAAAGCUACUUGGACUCCCGGUUUCAUCACACGCCGUGUUGGAAACACAACCUACACUGUUCGCUGUGGAAAUGAACUAUGGAGUCGGUACGUAAACCAGUUACGAUCCAGGAUCGGCACAACUGCGACUAACACUUUCUUGGAUGCGUUCGACCUACCACUACUCGACUCCGCGAGCAAGGACGAUGGUGCAACACCGACUGGUCUCAACGACCGCAACGUAUUCGACAACUCCGCCGCCGACUGCAGGUGGACCCACUAA